AAUUGUGUCCUUAGACGGACUGUUUACGGGGACGGUCAAAAUAAUGUAUGUUUACCUAGUCCUCUUCGCUGUUUUAUCCUAUUUAGUGUGUAUAAAAUACAUUUACAAUCGACAAUGGCACGCUUUGAGGAGCUCGCUGAAACGUACCUUCAACGUUUCGUCAGAAAGAAAAACAGUUGGCGCUGACGUCAGAGCUCUGGUUGUUACUGCGCAUCCGGACGAUGAAUGCAUGUUCUUCGCCCCAGCGAUCAUACGGCUAGUUGAAUUAAACGCCAGCGUACACCUGCUGUGCUUGUCUGAAGGGAACUACUAUCAUCAGGGAUCUCAGCGCAGAGAAGAACUUCUCAGAAGCUGUGCUGUGUUGGGAAUACCAGCCUCCAGAGUCACCGUCAUAAACCAUGAAAAACUUCCAGAUGAUCCCAAAGCCGAAUGGAGCGUCUCAUUAAUCUCCUCUGCAGUACUGAGGCACAUUACAGAUCACUGCAUCAACAUGGUGCUGACCUUUGACGGAAGAGGUGUGAGUGGUCAUGCCAAUCACGUAGCCAUCUAUAAAGCUGUCAGACAUCUUGCUUCUACUGGUGAAUUGCCUAAAGAUUGUGUGUUGUUCGCCCUGGAAACCGUAGGCCUUUUAAGGAAGUACACCUCCGUCCUGGACCUUCCCUUCAGCUGGUUUCUACCGUCACAUUUUCACUGUGUUGUUGGUCCAAAGGGCUACAAGCAAGCCAAAGCUGCCAUGCUGUGUCAUCGCUCUCAGCUUCUGUGGUUUCGGUAUCUCUACAUCACCUUCUCAAGGUACAUGUUCACAAACACAUUCCAGAUCGUUCCACAAGGACCGAAGAAUCUGAAGAUCUACUGAAUGUUCCAGCUUGUGACGGCGUGCCUAUUGUUAACCUUUCAGCUUCCACAUUUUCAUGCGCAGUUGUUA